AUGUUUUCCUGGGUGUCUGCUCUCCGGAGGGAGCAAAGCGCAGGGCUGUCUAGCAGGCUAUACACGCUGUCUGACAUGGCCGAGGAGCGCCUCGCUCAGCAGAAGGCCUCAGGGUUCACACGAGACUCUAACGAGGUGCACAAAGGUCUGACUGCUUACGAGGCGGCACUGAAAAUUCGGGAGCAACACGGGGUUAAAGAUGAGGGACAAGAACUAGAGGAGAAGGGCAAAGAACAGAAGCAGCGAGGCUUGAGAGAGCAACAAGAAACGUCAGAGAUCCUCGAACUCCAGCGAAUGCUUCCUGAGCUGCUUCAGCGGAAAAGAUUCAAAGAGGCAGAGGGUGCGAUCUGCUGCUUCCUGGAUAAGAACCCUCGCAACGCAGACGGCUUUGUGCUGCUGGCCGAGACUUACGGACACCAACGCAACCAGAUGGGAGCCCUUUCUGCUCUCUGGGGAGCCAUUCACAAUUGCCCUGGCAAUAGACGUCUGCUGCGGCUCCUGGCUCAAUACGAGGAAAACUUCUUGAUGGAGCGAUGCGAGCUGCCCCUACUGUUCAAGGUCAAGGCCCUGCAAGUUCCAGAGAUGACAGGCUCUUUGGCACACAAGGGAACAGCUGGGAAAGCUGUAUCACCUCUAUUUCAUCCUCAGGGGGCCCCCGUGAUGAUUGUGCGACAGAACGGACAGACAACGGCCUUCGCUAACCGCCAGCUGAGCCCUGGGGACCUAAUAUUUAGGGAGAAGCCAUUUGUUUGUACUCCUUUGCUGCUUGAGACAGGCCAGAUUUUUAGCACAUGUUUUCACUGUCUCCAGGAGCGCGAGGAUCCUAGAAAGGCUUACUCAUGCCCCGUUUCUCCCCACACCUGCCCGUUUGUGUUCUGUUCGUGGAACUGUCUUAUGCGGAAUGCGAGGUUGCAUGCCAUAGAGUGUACGUGCAUGCCAUUAAUGUAUGCAAUGGCAAAGGAGUCAGGCUUCAUGGUCACUUUCGUGCUGCACCUCUUCAGGAUCCUAAUCAAGGCUUCCCUGCAGCGGGAGACACAAGUGGCGCGAAGCGGGAAAGAAGCGGGAGCCGCGGCCGAUACAGACAUGGCAACUCAGCUGUUCGCUCUGAACUCGCACGAAGAAGCCGUACGAAAGGGCCAGCCAGAGUUAGUUAAGAAAUUGCAGGUGCUCGUUCGGCGCUUGCAGCAGAAUGUGCCCCCCAACUUGUUGCUGUAUCUCACUGAGAAAGAACUCAUGCACGUGGCUUUGGUUGUUCUGCAGUACUCCCCGUUUGUUUCAGCCACAUCCGCAGCAGCAGCUGUAGAGCGCAGGAACGCAGAGUGUACCCUGGGGCGAGUCUUUGCCCCAGCAACAGCACUGCUUCACCACAGCUGCGUGCCAACAGCAACCGUCAGUUUGCAAGAGGACGGCCAGUUGGCAGUGAGGGCUAUAACUUUUAUUCCUGCAGGUGGAUAUAUAUGUGUUUCUGCUGAGGCAGACCUGUUCAAGUCGCAGAAGGAACGCAAGGCAGUGGAGUCAUUUCCUAGAGUCUUCGGCUGUGGUUGCAUCCGCUGCAAGGAGAACGACGAGGGAGGACGGCUCCUCAGAGGCAUACGCUGCUUCAAGUGUGUCAGGGGAUUCCUGUGCCCCUCGAAAGGAGGGAAUAUGUUGGCCCGUCUCAAAGCUUAUGAAGAUAUUGGAGCUUCCGUAGGCGAGAGGGUCAGUGCGGUUAAGGUGAAGGCUGAGAAAAAAGUUGCAACAGCGGGCGGUGGGGACAGUAGGGAAAGGCUCCUCGGAAAGGCAAAGGCAAAAUGCACGGGGGGACGGCGGCUUCCGGCAACUUCUGCAGCGUCUUUAGAGGAACAGUGGCUUUGUAACUGCUGCGGGCUAACGGACACCAAGGUUUCAUUAACCUGCGCAAGCAUCGAGAGGGACCUCUUGCAGAGACAAUCGGAAGCUGACACGCACUUGAUCAAGGGGUCUCAGCAGCUUGCAACUCGAAUCUAUGGUGACCUCGUGGACCAUUACAGCAGCAAACUGCAUCCUCAGCAUGCUGUCCUUUUCAAUGUGAACACUAUUCUCGCGGGACUCUUGGCUACAAAAGGAGGCAAGGACGUGCCAUUGGCUCUCAUUCUCCUUAGGAGAGCUGGGAUGGCAGCGGAGACGGUCCUACCCGCCACAUCCAUGACUAAGGCGCACCUUUACCUGAAGCUCGCAGAACUCACGUACAAGGCGAUGCAGCUGGAGAAGCAGUGCCGCCGUGGACCUUCCGUCCCUUCCGAGAAGAUCAUGGAGCCUCUAUUUUGCGCUUUGUCCAACUGUGUAGCAUGCAUGGGCAGCGAUGCGAGCCUAUCAGUGGUUAUGAGUCUUCGACUCCGUCGAUUCGCUGCGCUUCUUGGCGUGUGUACGCCUCCCCUUCUCCAGGUUCCCAUCGUGCGCACAGAAGAUGUGUUCGUUGCCCUCUACAGGGCUGCAACCAAUUCAAGGGCCGCUAGCUCAGAGCAAAUCAAGGAGCACUUCUGCCGCGACCCGAUGUCUGUGGCUGUGGCCCUCCUGCGCCGUGGGCUUCACUUUCCACUCGCUUUGGAGUUGUUUAGAGCGAUGAAAGGCACGCAGCACCUACCCACUGGCCUGAGCCUUCUUGGGCUUGCUUGUCUAUAUUCUAAGGAUGCGAUUGUUGGCCAUUUGCUGAAAAUGGGAUACGACCUGUUUGCCAAAUCUCCCUUGGGAAUGACUCCUCUUUUGGCAAUGUGUGCUUCGCGCGAAAGCGGGCUUCCCUUUCAAAAUUGGGAGAUCAGUUCUGAUCGCUCUGCCUCCAAAGCCGCAGAAGAGACAGCAGCGGGCACAGACGUAGCGCAGCUGGCGAUCCUAAGGUUGAUGCUGCAGCACUGCGAUUCGUUGGACGCAGCCAAUACUGGAACAGGAUCUCUGCGAGGUCUUGGAAAUAAGACCUUGUCAAAGGGUAAAUUAGGGGCUAAUGGGAGCCCCAGAAAAGAAGACAUCAGCGUCAGCCGUACGCCACCUCUGUCUUCCUUAUGGGGUCUCAGCAGAAAACGGUUAUUGUCCGCAUCAUCCCAUCGGUUUCUAGGGAGAAGCUACCCACUUCACUUUGCUGCCAGCAAUGGGAAAGCUCGCCUUUGCCGGCAGCUGCUGGUGGCUGGAGGCGCAGUAGAAGCCUUGAAUGCGGAGAGCGCCACUGCGCUACACCUGGCCUGCGUAGCUGGGGAUCCUGAGACCGUCAGGGUGAUGCUAGAGCACGGAGCAAACAUCAAUGCAGCCACGCUUACUGGAGAGACGCCCCUUGUACUUGCUGCCUAUUGGCUGCAAGAUGCUGUUUUCUCUGUACUUUUGGAAAAGGGAGCUAACUGCAACAUUGUAACGAAGGAUGAAGGCAUGACGGUACUGCAUGCAAUAGCGGCGGGAGUGCUCAGGCAGACAAGGCCUCUAUUUAGGGGACUCGCCUGGGAAGGAGACCUUGCUGCAAUUGCCUUGCACGGGCUCUCUUUGGAGUCCGUUGCGAGAGGCACGUACACUCUAAGUGGCUCGAGCCUGAUCCCUGAAGAGGCUCCGGUGGAUAUACGGAUUCCUUCUUCGACACUUGAAGGUAACGACAUCUUUCUCUUCCCUGGAGAACUAAUGCGGAGGGUGCAAAAGGCCCAGGGAAUGCUCCUCUUACUGCUGUCCCAUUGCGACUCCUGUACCUACACCCGGCACACACGCAAGGGCUUCACCGCAGCGGAACUUCUGCUGCACUGUUGGGAGAACUUUCAGAGGCGGAGGCGCAAGCUGUUGGAGCAAGGAGACCUUCGUUUUGCCCACCUCACCGAUGAGGAGAGGAGACAAGUGGAAGAACGAUGGCGCUUUGUUCUGCAUGAGAUCAACGUGUUGAAGGAUCUCCUCAGGCUGCAUCACACCGUCAGCGUUGAAACUGCCAACCCUGGGGAUCUUACCCCGAGGGAUGAUCAACUGAGGGAGAUGAAGCAACGAAAGCUCCUCUCACAAGCACCCUGGUGCUUCGCUGACGAAAUAGCAAAGGCUGCAAGUGGGGCUAGGAGCAAGGCGGCUUCUGUAGCGACAGGCCCCGAUGGUUGA